AUGUACGAGAUAAGUAGCCUCGACCGCAUUAACGCCAAAGUCAAUGCCCUAACUCAGAAGAUUGAAAACCUCACUAUAGCACGUGUAGCCGUUGUGGCUGCUGUUUCCCCAAAUUGCGAAAUAUGCGGGAUGUCUGGACAUGCUGCCCCCGAGUGCCAUCUUCUGGCAGGAGUUUCCCCCGAACCAGUAAACUAUGCUCAAGGAAACCCCUACUCAAACACGUAUAACCCAGGAUGGAAGAAUCACCCUAAUUUCUCGUACAAGAACAAUAAUGCUUUGUAUGCACCUGGUGAAGCACCCAGUGUACCAUCUGGAUAUCAAAAGGAACCAUUCGCUGCUCCUAACAUCCCUAGGAAGUCUAACUUAGAAUUGAUGAUGGAAAAUUUCAUAGCCACUCAAACUCAGACUAAUAAGGAUUUCAUAAACCAGAACAUGCACACCAAUGAGCAAAUCAAACAGUUAGCAACUAAAGUAGACGCGUUGGCCACUCACAAAAAGAUGCUUGAGACACAAAUCUCUCAAGUGGCACAACAACAAGCACCUACUUCCGCGCCUGCUGGGACAUUUCCGGGACAGCCACAACCUAACCCAAAGGGACAUGCUCAUGCUAUUAUUCUGCGAAGUGGUAGAGAGAUGGACGAACCGACUGACCCUAGGCUUAAAAACCCUGCUAUGUUCCAAAGCCCUAGGAAGAUAAUUGAGGAGGAAAGUAGACCCAAGGAUAAGCCAAGUGAUCCGAAAGAGAAAGAGGACAAGGAAGGCGAGACGGAGGAAAAAGAAGCACCAUACAUACCUCCACCACCUUAUAAACCACCUAUCCCGUACCCUAAAAGACUCGAGAAAUCUAAAAACAUAGGGCAGUUUAAGAAAUUUGUCGAACUUCUUAAACAGUUGAACAUCACAAUUCCGUUUACAGAAGCUAUUACCCAAAUGCCCUCAUAUGCUAAGUUCCUAAAAGAAAUCCUAUCGAAUAAGAAGAAAUUAGAGGACGUAACACUCACUGCCGAAUGUAGUGCAAUCAUCCAAAAUAAAAUGCCACCUAAGCUGAAGGACCCAGGAAGUUUCUCCAUACCUUGCAAUAUAGGAAAAUUUGUCAUAGACAAAGCCUUGUGUGACUUAGGAGCUAGUAUUAGCCUAAUGCCUUUGUCCAUUUGCGAGAAACUAAACAUGGGAGAUCUAAGACCAACCAAGAUGUCAGUACAACUUGCAGACCGAUCUGUCAAGUAUCCUGUAGGUGUUCUUGAAAAUGUACCCGUCCACAUUGGACAAUUCUACAUCCCUACGGAUUUCAUAAUUAUGGACUUAAAAGAAGACGUCAAUACUCCUAUAAUCUUAGGAAGACCUUUCCUAGCUACCGCUGGAGCCAUUAUAGACGUAACGAAAGGCAAGUUGACAUUCGAAGUAGGUGAGGAGAAGGUCGAGUUUAUUCUAACACAAUUCCUUCAAGCCCCAGCUAUAGAAGAUACAUGUUAUCUGGUGGAUGUUAUUGAUGAAUGUGUAAGAGAGAUAGGAUUAUCAGAAGAAUCUUACUUUGAAGUUAUAAAGAUUCCGAUGCCCCUGAUUUUCGAAGAUGGCAAUUGGCGUCCGGAAUAUCGAGACGAUAGUUUAAGCGAAUGCUUAGCCUUAACACCUAACUGA